AUGAUGCACGCCGGCUGCGGGGUUAAGCGUAUUCAUCACCUAUACAACAGAAGUUCUGAUGGCAAAACCAGCUCUCAACCCUCUGGCUAUUUCCUCAUGGAAAUUGCGAAGCCGUUUAAGAAGUUUUUGGACGUAGGGCGCGAACCGCCGCAUGAUCCCCUCGGUGUCUCCAUAGCCGCAUUCGUCGGGAACUGCUACGAGCGGCAACGCGACCUUGACCUUAUGGAGCGCAUGAAGAAAGAGAACGGACUCGCUAGCCUACGGAGGUUCUCCGCGAUCAGCGACGACGAGCUCAAGUCCUAUGGCGCCGUGUUUAUUCCGGGCGGUCACGCCCCUCUCACAGACCUUGGAGACAACCCCGAACUGGGCGCACUAUGCCAUGGACCACGGGCAUUCCUCUUAACCAAGUAUGGACCGCAGAAAGAGUUCACGUAUGAGAGCGGCGCAGAGAUGAUUGAAGGCAUCGCAAAGAGCUUGGGAAGCAUCACCGUUGACCGUGAGCUAGUAACCGGGGAUAACCCAAUGUCGGCGGAUGGGAUUGCGGACAAAAUGCUAGAGAUGUUGGCUGCAGAGUAG